AUUCUUGCACAGGCAUGCCGGCCUUCAAAAUCAUUACCCUUGUUUGAGUGUACAGAUCAGUGGUUUGAAUAAACUAAGGAAAAAAAAGGAUAAUGUGAAAAGGGAUUCGGUCUACAGAGAGAGGGUGAGGGAAAGGCCUAAGCCUAAGGAAAAUAAACAUAUUAUCAAAAACAUUUCUGAGACAAUUUUGGACAUGUGGUACUGGUAGUUACAUGGAAUUAGGGAUACUGAAUGUGGUCGUGAUUGUUUUGGUACAAAUUUUACCCGGAAAAGACUAGUAAUUAUAAUUAAAAAAAAACACCUUUGAAAAAGACUAAAUUUAUAGAGUUGAAAAGGAAAGCAAUAAUGGCGACAGCCGAGGUUGAAAAUCUUUCUUUUCACACAUGUGAAACAUCGGGUUGUGAUAAAGAAGCAAAAUUACAAUGCCCUUCAUGCAUCAAGCUACAAAUUCCAGGAUCUUUCUUUUGCUCACAGGAAUGUUUUAAAGGAAGCUGGGGAGUGCAUAAACAAGUCCACAAGAGAGUAAAAGAUCUUCAAAAGAAAGAUGUCAGGCCUUAUAUCCCUUGGCCAGGGUUCUUCUUCACAGGGAAGCUGCGUCCAUAUCCUCGGGGUCCUUUAAGAGAUUUACCAGAUCAUAUAGGAAGGCCGGACUAUGCAGAUCACCCUGACGGUUACCCGGCUAGCGAGAUGGCAGUACGAGGGAACAGUUACAUCAAACAGCUAACCAAGGAUGAAAUAGAAGGUUUAAGGGCAGCAUGUACGUAUGGCAGGGAAGUCCUUGACGUAGCAGCGGCUAUGAUUAAACCCGGCAUCACAACAGAUGACAUCGAUGCCGCUGUUCACCAAGCGUGCAUUGAUAGAAACUGCUAUCCCUCGCCGCUCAACUAUAGGGGAUUCCCCAAAUCAUGCUGCACGUCAGUGAACGAGGUCAUAUGUCAUGGGAUUCCAGAUCAGAGGCCGUUAGAGGAUGGUGAUAUAGUCAAUGUUGACAUCACUGUAUACUACAAUGGUUACCAUGGCGAUUUGAAUGAAACCUUCUUUGUCGGCAAGGUAGACGAGAAGAUGAAAGAACUAGUGAAGGUUACGUAUGAAAGUAUGAUGCAAGCUAUAGAUAUAGUUAAGCCUGGAGUGAAAUAUCGGGAGGUCGGUGCUGUGAUACAGAAGCACUGCCAAGCACACGGUUUCUCGGUCGUCAGGUCAUACUGCGGACACGGCAUACAUAAACUCUUUCACACGGCACCAAAUGUUCCAUUCUAUGCAAAAAACAAAGCAGUGGGAGUGAUGAAGCCGGGACAUGCCUUUACUAUAGAACCGAUGGUUAACAUAGGUGUUUGGAAGGAUAGCCUGUGGCCCGAUGACUGGACAGCAGUGACCACUGACGGCAAAUGGUCAGCGCAGUUUGAACAUACGAUGAUCGUCACGGACACCGGUGUGGAGGUACUGACAGCGAGGGGUGAAGGACAUGGGAGACCUCAUUUCCUAGAUCAGAUGGACUCGUAGUAGGAGUUUUAUGUCUUGGGGUCUAUCUUGGACGAGUCUUCUGCAAUUCUGCUAUUCGGCUUCCGCGAACGGUUAUGCAACCAGGAUCCUAGAUUACCUUUGGGGUAUUUCGUGGAACAAUGGUGAUUUUCACCUGACUAUUUUUUAUAACCCCAUUUCCAAGAUCAGACGGACUCAUAUAGUAGGAGUUUUAUGCAUAAGGGUUUAUCUUGGAUGCGUCCUCAGCGAUUCUUGCAACGCGCCAUGCAGCCAGGAUCCUAGAUUACCUUUGGAGUAUUUCAUGAAACCGACUAUUUUUUAUAAGCUACUGAAAUCCUUGCAUCUGAUUGGCUAUUCCUUUCACGAAAUGUUUCCCUGGUAUUCCUUUGACUAUCACUUCCAGUUGACAGCUAGAAUCUAGUGUGGAUUGCCUUGAUGCGAGUUCGCAUGAUCUUUUUAGGACGAGGGACUCGGGUAAGAUGUUAGAAGACAGUGUAGAUUAAUUAGCAUUGUGACUGCCUCACACAGCAAACUGGCUGGAACGUUCCCUAGGGAAAUAUGCUUUAUUGUGUGUGGCAAAAGUCUGAUUGAAACCUAGGAUGAAGGUAUGAUCUGUAGAGAGCUGAGGUACCUUAUCAAUUUCUUACAGUUCAAGUCCACCCCAACAAUAAUUUGAUUAGGAAAUAUUGAAAAGCACAACACUGAAAUUUUAUCAAAAUCGGAUAUGAAAUAGUAUGACAUUUUAAUUUCGCUUAAUUUUACAGAACACUUUAUAUGCUUAACAUGGAUGAUAUGCAAAUUAGAGAUUAGAACAUUUAACAAACCCACUUUUUCUUUAUUUACUUAUCUUUUUUAUAGAUAUUAUAUUGAGGAUCCUUCUGAUUAAAUUAUAAAAAUUAUUCCAUGUUGUAUAUGAUACAUAGAUAUAUGACAUGUACCUAUAUAAUAGGAACAAAAAAAUUAAAUGAUUCAAAAUAGCGAGUGUGUGACGUGAACCUGCUCUCCCAUUUUUGAUAUCAUCCAUGUUAUAUGCAUAUAACUUUUUUGUGAAAAUAAGCAAAACUUCAAAACACUAUGACUAUCUCAUUUUUCAUCUGAUUUUUAUUAAAAAAUUCAGUUCUAUCCAUUUUAGAAUUUUCUGUUUAUUCACAUAAUUAUUGAUUUUUUUUUUUUUUUUUGGGGGGGGGGUGGGUGUGGACUUGCCCUUUAAGCACAAUAUUAAAAGCAGAUUAUUUUCAUAUGGUUAGGAUCAGCAUCUUUAAUGGACAAGUCCACCCCAACAAAAAGUUGAUUUGAAUAAAAAGAGAAAAAUUUAACAAGCAUAAUACUGAUAAUUUCAUCAUAGUUGAAUGUUAAAUAAGCAAGUUUUGACAUUUCAAAGUUUCGCUUAAUUUCACAAAACAGUUAUAUGCACAUCCUGGUUGGUAUGCAGAUGAGGAGACUGUUGGCAUCAUCCACCAGGCGCGUAGCCAGGGGGGGGGCGGUGGGGGCGGUCGCCCCCCCCAAAACGUCCCCAAAAAGAAAAAAAAAAAAGGGGAAAAGAGGAGAAAAGGAAAAGGGAAGGGAAGGAAGGUAGCUUUGUGUUUUUUUUAAUUUUUAUUCUUUUUUUUUUUUUUCUCAAAAGAGAAAGUCCUUCACUCUUGCUCUAAAUGUAUAUAUGAAUUUUGCUUCCGCGCUGCGCGCGGUUAAAUGACAAUACUGAAGUUCUCCAUUGUUUCCCAACACUGUUUUUCCACCUCAGCUAUAUGUGUUUCUUGCCAGUCACAGUUCAAAUGUAUACAUUAGGGCAUGGAAUUAGAGUAAGGAUAGGCCGAAGUAUAUGAAGUUAUCUUUUUUUUUAUUGAUCGCGCAACUUCUGGUCUGGUCGGCUCCGGGCGUGUAAAAUCUUUAUAUCAAUUUCUGCCGUCACCUCCAUAAGUCAACUUCUCCCGCUUUUCAGCUCAUUACUAAACAACCAUAAUUUUGGGGCAAACAGGUACCUAAUUUUAAAAGAGGAAGGUAUAAAAUUCGUGUCGUAUUAAAUAAAAAAGUACAAUAUUUUUUAUCAAAUUCUAUUAAACUUCAUGUCAUUUCUCUGCACAUUCAUUUUCUGUCCUGUUUUGCGCCCUCAGUUUGAAAUUUUGAAUGACACUUAAGUUUCUUUAUAAUUCAAAAUGAAACGCUUGAGGAUAAGUCAAAGAAAUUAGGCAUCCUUUUUUAUAUAAUUUCAAUAAAUCACAGAAGUUUCAACUUUUUGCGCACUAUUUUCCUUGUAAUGAAGUUCAAUAAUCUUAGAAAAUCAAUUGAAUUAGAGCCGAUGGCGUAUUAGAGAUAUCUGCAUUUGAUGAAACGUCCGCUCUUUGAUAUUCCAGAGUUCCAUUGCUCUGCGCGGGGAGGAAUAUCUUCCUCCCGGCAUAUACACUUCUUUUAAAUAUGUGCACUGUCGCUAAAUUGUUUGUAAUAAAAUCUGAUCUUUCCAAGGGAAGUAUUCAAUAUAUCAUUGAGAAUACCCUUUUCUCUGGACCCUUUACAUGGCCAAAAAAAUUGAUAAAACGCUUCGCGUGGGGUUAUUGUUAUAUUAAUUUCCUCCAUUGUAUUCCUUUUUUGUGCGUUCACAAUCACUUUUGAAAACAAGGUUCAUGAAAACAAGGUUCAAAAUCACAAUAUAAUCAACUGAAUUGGAGCUGAUAUAGGUACUAGAGACAAGAGAGACGGCUCCUUUUCAUUUUAAUUUAUGAAACACCAAAAGCUCCCCCUCCCUGCACCCACCCGCUCUGUAAGUGUUCGCACGCUUCGCGUGCAUUUACCGCCCCCUCCAAAAUGAAAUCCUGGCUACGCGGACUCACUAUUUCUUUCGUAUUUUAAUAUUCUAGUCUUCACCUCAUUGUGAAGUGAAACAACAAUUAAUUCCUCCCUGAACAUGUGUAAUUAGCAUUGUUUAAUACUAUGUGAUUCAUUCAAGUUGAUCCUUAAUAUGAAAUCUGUAAAAAAUGAAAUAUUGUAUAGUUCAAGCAAUAAAAAACAAAAGUACUGAGGGACAUCAUCGACCGUCUUAUUUGCGCGUCACUGAGUUUUGCAUAUCACUGUUUUAUGAAAUAUAAGCGAAACUUUAAAAUGUCAUAACUUUAUUUUACAUCCAAUUUUGAUGAAAUUUUAAGCAUUAUGCUAGUUUGAUUUUUCUCUAUUCACUCAAAUCAACAUUUUUCUGGGUUGUACUUGACCUUUAAUGAUUUGCAUUUUAUUUGUUUCCCUUCCAUUUCAGAAACUUGUUUUAUGACCAAAACAUACAAAUAAUAUUUGCAUUGUUAUGUAGUAAGAAAAGCUGAAACCUGCAGAUGUACUAUUAUAGAAGUUAUAACGAUAUCAUAUUUGAAAAUGUGUAUUUCCAUUGUUAGAAUAAAUGCUGCCCUCAAUCUGUACUAAAUGAACAGAUGUGGACAAUAGUCGAUAUAGGAGACUUCUUUAUAUCAUGAAAUUGAGCAUCAAUUUUUUUUUGUGGAAAAUAUUAUGCUUGUAAUGAAUUAUCACAAUUUUUCAAAGAUGCCCUUUUUAUCAUAUUUGUGGGAGAAAAAUCAUUUGAAAUGUUCAUGUAGUUGUAUGUGGACAUUUUCUUUCAUUUUUCAUACGAUUCACUUUUUUUAGGGAGGGGAGGGAGGUGGUGGUUCUAAAAAAAUGUCAUUUUUUUCAAGCAAUAUUAAUUUCAACGUGAAGAUCUAAUAUACAUGUAGAUUAAAGUUUACAUUUAGUUCCGGUUGUGAAUCGGAGUAAUGGAGCUAAUUGUCUCUAAGUAAUUGCGAAAGAAGACUGUGUAAAAUGCACCUAAGAAUUUGUGUAUGUUGAAAAGCAAUAGAAUCAAUAAAAUACAACGAAAAUUUUUCCGAUGUUCAUGUGCACUGCACACAUAUUAG